AUGUACGCUAUCAAUCUGGCGCUGUUCUCAAUGCUGGAGCAGGAGUCGUUUGAUAUACUCGACCGAGACUUCUUAUCUCUCGCUAGCGCGUUCUCAAUUGUGGCUAGUCGCUCUGCGUUGGGGCGAAAUCUGUUUCACAUAUUUCGUCAGUCUGUGCGAGCCAAGGCCCAAGGAAAAAGAAUCCGAGAUCUACAGUCAAUACCCGAACCACUAAAGGAUCUUUUCGACGAGGAUGUUUUUGCUAUUGGGCAUUGCCGAUUUGAUGAGUAUGCUGAGGGUCUUGAGAAGCUCAACCAGGAUGCCAAAUACCAUGGGAUCGGCGGUGGUCAGAGCGGCAAUAUCCAGGAAUACCCCGGGCUUGGUCUGUCUGAUAUGUUGGACCGUUAUGAGAGUUUGAGCUUGGGUAAGGAUUAUAUUGUCAUGGAGAGAUAUCGUCCUAGCGUUUGA